ACACAGCUGUCAGGUCAGGUGGAUCGAACAUGUUGUGAGCUCCAGCCUCGUCGUUACACAUUGAUUUUGUUGGGUGUUUUUUUUUUUUUUAUUACCGCGGAGGUCAAGUCAAACCGAAUAACACCGGAAAUUACGAGUUUUCAUACCAAAAUUAACGUUUCGCUGUUACUCGACCAACUGCGAGACUAACACUCACCGAGAGGGCAUUUUAUUUUGAAAUCUUGAAGCAAAGAGGUCUGUUUUUCAUUUAUGUUUGACACAUUGUGAAUGGUGUUCUGUUCAGGACGGUUUUUUUUCAGAGCAGAGUACAACACGCUCCCUCUGCGAAGUUGGUUUAAAGUUGAGUUGAAGUUUGUCCGCACGGCUGUGUUCCCUCCCUUUUUUUCCAUUUAGCUCCGACCUUUUCUAUUUUUCUCUCUUCCAUUUUGCUCUUUAAAUUGACAAGCGUGUGUAACGUUUACGUCAACUGAUCGGUUGUGUUGGCUGACCGGGGUCCGCUGCUGUCAAACUUUCGUUGACAUGGAUUUGUUGCGCCCACGACGGACGGACUGAAAAAGUUUGGAAUUUCCAUCAUCCACCAGCUAGCUGCGACAAAACGCACUCAUUGCAGCUACUUUUUGUAAAAAAUAUAUAUACAUAUAAACAAGUUGUCAUUAGCGUAUUUAGCUAAAAACAUGCAAAAGUUCAAUUCCACCGGCACCCACUGCAACACCACGCUGCCCCGGGACGCGGAGCUCCAGCUGCGGUUAGCUGACAGCGGAGGAACCGGGGAAGGGAAGGAGAACGGCGCUGGGAAACAUUUCGCUCCGGCUGAGGAGGAGAGCUCGUUUUGCACCAAGAGGAAGAUGCUCGUCGGUUUGGAUUUAAUAUGUCUGUGUGUCGCCUCCAUCCCAUUCUUUGCCUGUGAGUUGAAGGCGGUGACUCCGUACAAGCGAGGCUUCUUCUGUGGAGACUCCAGCAUCACCUAUCCUUUCGUGCCGAGCGAGGCCAUCCCUGACAGCCUGCUCAUUGCUGGUGGUAUAGCCAUCACUGGCCUAACGAUUGCAGUGGGUGAAUGCUACCGGGUGCGUUUCCGAGGUGUACACUCACGGGCCUUUGUUCGAAACUGCUAUGUGUCGUGCCUUUACAAGGAGCUGGGAAGCUUCCUGUUUGGUUGCUGUGUGGGUCAGUCUCUCACCAAUAUGGCCAAGCUAAGUGUUGGACGCCUGCGACCCAACUUCCUGUCUGUCUGUAACAUCACCUAUGCAUCCAUCAACUGCACUCCAGGCAGCUACGUGUCCCAGGUCACUUGCAGGCAGUCUAGUCAGAAGAUGGUGGAGGAAGCAAGUUCUACCUGCAGGCGCGGUUGUCAUGGCGAGGAGCUCGGCUGUUGCGCCCACUAAUACAGUUCCUCUUAGUGAUGAUCGCAAUCUACACCGGCCUGACACGCAUUUCUGACUACCGUCACCACCCCACUGAUGUCCUCACAGGCUAUAUCCAAGGAGGCCUCACUGCGUAUUGGGUGGCCUUCUACAUCUCCUCCAUGUUUAAGCCCUGCACCCGUCCAGACCUGUCUCCCACUAGCACGUCCAUGGAGAGUCCACUGUCCAGCCAGCAAACUGUCUGUUAGCAGAUGCAUGCAAUAACUCCAGGAAUCAGAAGAUAAGAGAAGAUGGACUGCAGAAAGACAGGGAGAAUGUCAGAUAGCACAGGUGAGGGGCAGAGAGAAGGGAGAAACUUAAAUCUUUAAUUAAGGGAAUCAUUCUUAGAGAAGGAUAUGAUUAAAGAUGACAAUAUAACACAUGCAUGCUCUUUCAGGCAUACUGAUACACAUGCAAACAUACAUUCACACAGUAAUCUAACAUGUUCACACACUCACACAUGUGAAAUACAAGAAGCACAUUUGACUGUGAGUCAAACCCGUCCAGUGAAAAGAACUGCAUAGAAAUAUUACAGAUAUUUUUUUAUAUAUGAAAAAAAUAAAAUAAAAAUGUUAUAUUUUUCAAGAGGAUUUUUUUUUUAGAAGCUGCUAAUGUUAAUAGUUUCCAGUUUUAACUUGUUUUCUUCUGUUAUGGAGGCAUUUGGUCAGUGAAUUUAGUAAAACUGGUCACUUUUUGGUUUUGGGUGAGAGAGGGAAAAAACGGCAGCCUCCUCUUUGUUUUUGAUCCUCUGCUAGUCUUGGAAAACAUCACCCAGCACCCCAGCAGCUGUGAACUGAGACCAUCAGACCUCAGAUAUAAAAGACGGCUCUGUACCAAGUGACAGAACUGACAGUGAUAAUGAACAAGCACUGGCUUACACUUCUAACCAUUUUACCUUCAGUGGCCUGAUGUGCCACUGCUGUAAUCAGACUGCCCUGCAUCACUAUGACUCAACAACAGCCUGUGCAUAAGCAGAGAAAAAAAACAGUAUUUGUGCCGUGAGACAAUGUUAUCUUUCUUUUUUGUGUAACUAAGGUAGUGAUGGGGAGUAAUCUGACCAAGUAACUUACCUACCCUAUCACCUUUCUGUACUAACCACUUUGAUUGUGUCUCAGAGGUGGAGGUUUGACUGAAUUUUGUAACCUUUUACUUUUGCCCCUGGACUCUCUGAGCUGCACCUUGAUUUAUGCCACUCUGACAGGAGAGCCGACAUGGCUGCGACCCCAGCGGCUCUCCUGUGCAUCUUUAUUAAUAGCACUUGAACGUACUUAAUGGAACCUUCUAAUUAUAAUCAAUAUUAUAUAUUUUAUCACAACUUUGAAUAAUCAGUGUUUAUUUGUUAAUGUCAGACUCAUACACUAUGUUUUUUCUUGAAAUGAUAAUUAUUCAAAUUGAAUGUAAAUAGCUAUUUCAUUUUAUAAACCACACAGAAUUUCAAAAGUAUUAGUUCCAGUUUUGGACCGUUUUUACAUGUUUAUUAAGUGUUUGUAUUUACGUUUGUGUUGAUCAGGUACGGAGAGUUACUAUUGUAUCUGUUGUAACUACUAGACUGAGCCACAGAUAUUAUCAGAAAGCUAUAUUUUUUGUGCUCCCAGUUAUUGUUAUUUGUUUGUUUUGUCUGUGAAUGCCGGAAAGGCAGAAAUAACCACUGUACUCAAAAAACCAAACCAAUAAAAUGAAUGUUGAAUGUU